CCACCUUAGCUUCUGGAACCUCAGUCAGAUUUAGAGGAAAGAACCAGUUUUCAGAGCGAUUGCCUCAGAACACACUAUCUCCACCCGGCUGGCCCUGUGGAAGAUUAGCAACCAUGUUUUCCAAUGGGAUAGGAACUGUAGCUGCUGGAAAAAGGAGGGUAUAUCUUCUGUCCUUGCUGCUCAUUGGCCUCUGGGGCUGUGUGACCUGUCACUGGAGCCCCGUGGAGGACAUCUGCACGGCCAAGCCCCGGGACAUUCCCGUGAAUCCCAUGUGCAUCUACCGGUCCGCAGAGAAGAAGGCCGUCGAGGAGGAGGGCGCAGAGCAGAAGGUCCCCGAGGCCACCAACCGGCGAGUCUGGGAACUGUCCAGAGCCAAUUCCCGUUUUGCCACCGCCUUCUACCAGCACCUGGCGGACUCCAAGAAUGACAACGACAACAUUUUCCUCUCGCCCCUGAGUAUCUCCACAGCUUUCGCGAUGACCAAGCUGGGUGCCUGCGACAACACCCUCAAGCAGCUGAUGGAGGUUUUUAAAUUCGAUACCAUCUCCGAGAAGACAUCUGACCAGGUGCACUUUUUCUUUGCCAAACUGAACUGCCGACUCUAUCGAAAAGUCAACAAAUCCUCGGAGUUAAUAUCGGCCAACCGCCUUUUUGGAGACAAAUCCCUUACCUUCAAUGAGACAUACCAGGACAUCAGCGAGGCGGUGUACGGAGCCAAGCUUCAGCCCCUGGACUUCAAGGAAAAUGCAGAGCAGUCCAGAAUGAUCAUCAACAAAUGGGUAUCCAAUAAGACCGAAGGGCGUAUCACUGAUGUCGUGCCCCAGGAUGCCAUCAACCCGCUCACGGUCCUGGUGCUGGUCAACACCAUUUACUUCAAGGGCCUGUGGAAGUCCAAGUUCAGCCCCGAGAACACAAGGAAGGAGCUGUUCUACAAGGCCAACGGGGAGUCGUGUUCGGCCUCCAUGAUGUACCAGGAGGGCAAGUUCCGCUACCGGCGAGUGGCAGAAGGCACCCAGGUGCUCGAGCUGCCCUUCAAGGGCGAUGACAUCACCAUGGUGCUCAUCCUGCCCAAGCCUGAGAAGCGCCUGGCCAAGGUGGAGCAGGAGCUCACCCCGGAGAUGCUGCAGGAGUGGCUGGAUGACACGACGGAGACGCUGCUGGUGGUGCACGUGCCGCGCUUCCGCAUCGAGGACAGCUUCAGCGUCAAGGAGCAGCUGCAGGACAUGGGCCUCGUCGACCUGUUCAACCCCGACAAGUCCCGGCUCCCAGGUAUAAUCGCAGAAGGCCGGAGCGACCUCUAUGUCUCAGAUGCAUUCCAUAAGGCCUUUCUUGAGGUCAAUGAGGAAGGCAGUGAGGCAGCGGCAAGUACUGCCAUUGGGAUUGCUGGCCGUUCGCUGAACCCCAACAAGGUGACCUUCAAGGCCAACAGGCCCUUCCUCGUUCUUAUAAGGGAAGUUGCUCUGAACACUAUUAUCUUCACGGGCAGAGUAGCCAACCCUUGUGAUAACUGAAGUGUUCUUUAUUUUUUGCACCUCUUCCUAUUUUGCUUUGUGAUACAAGUAAAAAUAAACACAACUACUCCCAAUUA